GUCCAGUUAAAAGGGCUGGAGCAGUCCAGGGCCCAUCUCUCGGGUGGAGUCUUCGACAGCUGGUGCUGCAGUCCUCAGGACCGUUCUCCUGCCCUCGGUCAUGGCUUGUGGUCUGGUCGCCAGCAACCUGAAUCUCAAACCUGGGGAGUGCCUCCGAGUGCAGGGCGAGUUGGCCCCCGACGCCAAGAGCUUCGCUCUGAACCUGGGCAAAGAUGACAACAAUGUGGGCCUGCACUUCAACCCUCGCUUCGACAUGCACGGAGACAUCAACACCAUUGUGUGUAACAGCAAGGAUGGCGGAGCCUGGGGGGCCGAGCAGCGGGAGUCUGCCUUCCCUUUCCAGCCUGGAAGUGUCGCAGAGGUGUGCAUCUCCUUCGACCAGGCAGACCUGACCAUCAAGCUGCCAGAUGGAUACACAUUCAAGUUCCCCAACCGCCUCAACCUGGAGGCCAUCAGCUACCUGUCAACAGAAGGUGACUUCAAGAUCAAGUGUAUGGCCUUUGAGUGAAGCCGGCCAACCCAUGGCCCCCAAUAAAGGCAGCUGCCUCUGUUCCCCCUGGAUCAGCCUCA